AUUCCAUUUCUAAAAGAAAAUAUUCCAUUAAACAUUAGUAGUAACAACAUUGCUUAAUAUGACACGGAUACAAAAACAGAGCAUGAAAACAGGGCAAAAUAAACAGAUCUUUCUUUGUUGUCACUUGUUUUGACGAGAACAGAGCAAAUGCAUACAUAGGAACACAAAGUUAAGAUUUCUCAUUAAAGAGAUUCAUUCAUGAGGAGACUGGAUUCUGGAGCGUGGUCAUUCUCUUAGACAAAAAGCCAUGGGAGUGCUCAACGCUAAGCGAGAUGACGUGCAAGGAAGGAUAAAUAGAGAAGAGUUUACUGGGCAUCGUAGAAGGCUUGCUCAAGUUCAGGUAUGGCUUACACGUAUCCAAACCAUCGAAAACCAAUUCAAUGAUUUGCUUAGCACUUGUAACGCUGAGAUACAAAGGUUGUGUCUCUGUGGAUUUUGCUCUAAAAAUGUGAAAAUGAGCUAUCUUUAUGGGAAAAGGGUUAUUGUCUUAUUGAGGGAGGUUGAGGGUCUUAGUUCUCAAGGAGUAUUUGAUAUAGUGACUGAGGCAGCUCCUAUAGCUGAGGUUGAAGAGUUGCCUAUUCAAUCCACAAUUGUUGGUCAGGAUUCGAUGCUCGACAAGGUAUGGAACUGUCUAAUGGAAGAUAAAGUUUGGAUUGUGGGUCUGUAUGGUAUGGGUGGAGUAGGCAAAACCACCCUUCUCACGCAGAUCAACAAUAAGUUUUCUAAACUAGGUGGUGGAUUUGAUGUCGUGAUAUGGGUCGUGGUGUCUAAAAACGCAACAGUACAUAAGAUUCAAAAAAGCAUCGGGGAAAAACUAGGCCUUGUUGGGAAGAAUUGGGACGAGAAAAACAAAAACCAGAGAGCCCUUGACAUCCACAACGUUCUUAGGAGGAAGAAAUUUGUGUUGUUGUUGGAUGAUAUAUGGGAGAAAGUGGAGUUAAAGGUGAUUGGAGUCCCGUAUCCGAGUGGAGAAAACGGAUGCAAAGUAGCAUUCACCACUCAUUCUAAGGAAGUUUGUGGACGCAUGGGGGUAGAUAACCCGAUGGAAAUCAGUUGUCUGGACACUGGAAACGCUUGGGAUUUGUUGAAAAAGAAAGUGGGGGAAAACACAUUAGGAAGCCACCCAGACAUUCCCCAGCUAGCACGCAAAGUUUCGGAAAAAUGUUGUGGUCUACCACUAGCACUGAAUGUCAUUGGUGAGACCAUGUCAUUCAAGAGGACAAUACAAGAAUGGCGUCAUGCAACUGAGGUUUUGACUUCUGCUACAGAUUUUUCUGGCAUGGAAGAUGAAAUUCUUCCAAUUUUAAAAUAUAGCUAUGAUAGCUUGAAUGGGGAGGAUGCGAAGUCGUGUUUCCUAUAUUGCUCUCUAUUUCCUGAAGAUUUUGAAAUCAGAAAAGAGAUGCUUAUUGAAUACUGGAUUUGUGAGGGAUUCAUAAAAGAAAAGCAAGGUAGAGAAAAAGCAUUCAACCAAGGUUAUGAUAUACUCGGUACUCUUGUCCGUUCAUCUUUAUUGUUGGAGGGAGCAAAGGAUAAAGAUGUCGUGAGUAUGCAUGAUAUGGUUCGUGAGAUGGCUCUGUGGAUAUUUUCUGAUCUUGGAAAGCAUAAAGAGAGAUGUAUUGUGCAAGCCGGCAUUGGAUUAGAUGAACUACCUGAAGUCGAGAACUGGAGAGCUGUGAAAAGGAUGUCGCUAAUGAAUAACAAUUUUGAAAAGAUACUUGGCAGUCCCGAAUGCGUUGAACUUAUAACUCUGUUCCUUCAGAAUAACUACAAGUUGGUAGACAUCUCAAUGGAAUUCUUUCGGUGUAUGCCUAGUCUAGCUGUUUUGGAUCUAUCAGAAAAUCACAGUCUUAGUGAACUGCCAGAAGAAAUAUCAGAGUUGGUGUCCUUGCAGUAUCUUGAUUUGUCCGGGACAUAUAUAGAGCGACUACCUCAUGGUUUACACGAGUUGAGAAAGCUAGUACAUUUGAAACUGGAAAGGACGAGGAGACUUGAGAGCAUUUCAGGGAUAUCAUAUUUGUCAAGUUUGAGAACAUUGAGACUAAGAGAUUCAAAAACGACACUAGAUACGGGGCUUAUGAAAGAACUACAGCUCUUAGAACAUUUAGAACUCAUAACCACAGAUAUCUCGUCAGGUUUGGUUGGGGAAUUGUUCUGUUAUCCCAGAGUUGGGAGAUGUAUUCAACACAUUUAUAUUAGGGACCAUUGGGAGCGUCCGGAGGAAUCCGUAGGAGUAUUAGUUUUGCCAGCUAUACAUAAUCUGUGUUACAUCUCCAUAUGGAACUGUUGGAUGUGGGAGAUAAUGAUAGAGAAGACACCAUGGAAAAAAAAUCUAACAAAUCCCAACUUCUCAAACCUCUCUAAUGUGCGAAUAGAAGGGUGUGAUGGUUUAAAGGAUUUGACGUGGCUGCUGUUUGCUCCAAACCUGAUCAAUCUUCGCGUUUGGGGGUGUAAGCAUCUGGAGGAUAUAAUAAGCAAAGAGAAAGCUGCAAGUGUUUUAGAAAAGGAGAUUCUUCCUUUCCAGAAACUAGAAUGCCUGAACUUGUAUCAGUUGUCUGAGCUGAAGAGCAUCUACUGGAAUGCUCUGCCUUUUCAGCGUUUGAGAUGUCUUGACAUACUAAACAAUUGUCCGAAGCUGAGAAAGCUUCCGCUGGAUUCUAAAAGUGUUGUCAAAGUUGAAGAAUUUGUCAUAAAAUACAAGGAGAAAAAAUGGAUAGAAAGAGUUGAAUGGGAGGACGAAGCGACACAAUACCGUUUCUUACCUACUUGUAGGCUGCGUUGAGGAGCCCCAUGACCCAAAAAAUGGGAAAAUGGUUCUUGUGAUGUGAAGGAAUAUUAUGAGUCUCAGUUCUCUUAAGUAGAGUUUGAUGUGGUGGUUGAGACAGCUCCGUCUACUGAGGUAGAUGACAUCUUGAGGUGGAUUAUCAUCAAGAGUUUCUUCUUCUUUACGCUUAGGGCUCGUAGCGGAGGAAUCGAAUCCUUAGCUAAUCUCCGACAACUUUUCCUGUAAUAUAUAAUAACACAAGUUGUAAUUAAGAAUAAUCAAAUCAAUGAAUUCAAUAAAUAAAAGCCUAGAUGACAGAAAUA